ACUUUGGCUUAUGUUAAUGGCUUUAUUUUGUCGAUCCAUCGUCUCUAACUUUACACUUCCUCGUCUUCCAUUGCAGCUCGUCCCUCUCAACACAACAGUUCCUUUCCCACACUGCCCUUCCAAAUACCACCAAAUUACCGCUUUGCCACUCGUUCUUCGCAGCAAAACAGCUUCCUUUGCCUCACUGCCAUCGCCACCGCCGUCAUCAACCAUGGAGAACCCACCUGAAGGUUAUCGGAGAAACGUCGGCAUUUGUCUAAUGAAUCCUUCUAAUAAAAAGAUUUUUGCUGCUUCAAGGCUUGAUAUACCUAGUGCUUGGCAAAUGCCGCAGGGUGGAGUUGAUGACAAUGAAGAUCCAACAAAUGCUGCCAUCAGGGAACUAAGAGAGGAAACUGGAGUUACUUCAGCAGAAAUUGUUGCUGAGGUUCCUCAUUGGGUAACGUAUGAUUUCCCUCCAGAAGUUAGAGAAAAGCUAAGGCAUCAAUGGGGAUCUGACUGGAAAGGCCAAGCACAAAAGUGGUUCUUAUUUAAGUUCACUGGAAAGGAUGAAGAGAUCAACCUUCUUGGGGAUGGGACAGAGAAAGCCGAGUUCGGAGAAUGGUUGUGGAUAUCACCGGAGCAAGUUAUUGAACUUGCAGUGGAUUUCAAGAAGCCCGUUUACAGGGAAGUUCUAUCUGUUUUCUCGCAACAUUUUCAGUAGUGAAACUAGUCAUUUCUGAAUACGAAGUUCAAGAGGUUUUAUUUGCCAAAAUAAUGGGUGGAGGUUCAAUAUGUUUUUGCAAGGGGCUAACAGCAUAGCUGGUUUUGGUGAAAUAAAUAUGUAAACCUUGUAACACUAUAUACAAUUAUUGGUUAUGCUGUAACCUAAAUUUCCCUUUUCAUCUUUUAUAGAAAAAAGAAAUUUUAUUACACAGAGAAAAUAUAGACGUGAUGUGUGAUUUGUGUCUAACUAA